CCAGCGGGCGCCGCCGGCUCGGGCCGCUCCGCAGAGGGUGUUACGCCGCCGGCAUGGGGGCACGUCGCGACGGCGCUCAGUGAGACAGCGGCCGGCGAUCGCGCGCGGACGGCCGGGCCGUGACCGGUGUGUACGUGGACACUGACCGUGAACUCAGCAGCCGCCACAGUGGAGUUCGUAGAUAUGGCAGACGUGUCGGGGGAGGAGAACUUUGACCCGAACUUGGAGCCGCAGCAGCGCUCCCGGGCCAACACGUGGCCCCUGCCCCGACCCGAGGACUAUGUUGAGAACCAGCACCCGCUGGAUGACCUGCCGGAGGCGUCCACUUGGGACAUUCAGCAGCAAAACUUCCACCAAAAUGCGGCACCGCCGCCGCCGCCGCCACCCCCACCGCCACCACCGCCGCCGCCGCCUCCGCAGCAGCCGCCGCCACCUCCCCCGCAGCAGCAGCAGCAGCAGCAGCAGCAGCAGGCGGCGGCGCUGAUGCCGUCUCCUGGCCACAACGGCAGCGGCGGCGGCCUGUUGAUCUGUAAGACGGAGCCGGGCACCGUGCCGAUGGUCACCGACGCCGCCAAGCCCGCCUCCGAUUCCACGGCCGUGCUGCCCAAACCGAAAAACUCUAACCGGCGGAACGCCUGGGGGCCGCACAGCUACGCCGACCUGAUCACGCAGGCCAUCCUCUCGUCGCCCGAGAAGAGGCUGACGCUAGCCCAGGUGUACGACUGGAUGGUAACCAACAUCCCAUGGUUCAAGGAUAAGGGUGACAGCACCAGCUCGGCAGGAUGGAAGAAUUCGAUCCGGCACAACUUGUCGCUACACAGCCGCUUCGUCAAGGUGCAGAACGAAGGCACCGGCAAGUCCUCCUGGUGGAUGAUCAACCCAGACGCCAAAACGGGCAAAUGCACGCGCCGGAGAGCCACGCUCGAGACCUCCAAGUACGAGAAGAAGCGGGGCCGCGCCAAGAAGAAGGUGGACGCGCUGCGCUCGGGCAUGGAGCACACGCCGUCGCCGUCCUCCUCGCUGGGUGACGGCCUGGACGUGCGGUUCCCGGAGAGUCCGCUGCACUCUGCGGGCGGCUACCUGGGCGCCCCGGGCGACUACCGGCAGCGCGCCGGCUCGACGGCCUCCUCGUGCGGCCGGCUGUCGCCGCUGGCCGCCUGGCCGUACCGACACCGGCUCGACUCGUACCAGCAGGAGCAGCUGGCCGAAUCCAUCGACGGCGGACUCAAGUUUGAGUCGGCCGUGCCGCUGGCCUACCGGGGCAUCAACGGCUACGGCAUGUACGGCGGCGGCGCGCCGGCCGGCGGCCCCUUCUCCCCGGGCGGCCUGAUGGCGGGCCCGAGCGGCCGGCCAGCCGACCAGCCGGGCGACCACUACAAUGGCAUGCAGUCGGUGUCCCCGGCGGCCAGCGUCAGCAGCAUGUCUCCCAGUCAGACGGUGGAGCAGUACCACUCGGCGGCGGCGGCGGCGGCGGCGGCGGCGGCCGAGGCGGCCGGCCUCUACCACAGCGGCCUGCCCGUCAGCAGCGGUGCACCGUUCGCCGGCUCGCCCAGCUACAGCUCGCCCGUCUCGUCGUUCGGCGCGUCGCCCUCGACGCUGUUCAGCUCGUCAUCGUCGUCGGGCGGCAGCUACACGCCGGGUGCCGGGUUCGGCGGCGGCGCGUUCGCCGAGCCGCCGCCGCCGCCGCCCGUCAGCAGCCAGGCGCAGCAGCCGCCCUCGGUGGGCGGGGGCAGCCUGCGCGCGCCGGGUCGCUCAGAGGAGGCGCAGACACCCUCCCAGCUCAUGUCGAACGUCAUGGGGCUGCUGCAGCAGAACAACAUGCCCGUCGACCUCGACCUGGACACCUUCCAGGGCGGCUUCGACUGCGACGUCGACAACAUCAUCAAGCAGGAGCUCAGCAUGGAGGGCAACCUGGACUUCACGUUCAACCAGGCGGCGGCAGCGCAGGCGGCGGCGGCAGCAGCGGCGGCGCACCACCGGGGCCUGCCGGGCGACGCUCGCCACCACGGCUCCGGCUACGUCAGCGGGCCCGGGCCGCGGCACUGGCAACACCUCAACCCGCCGCUGGUAGACUAGACAUUUUAUACCGAGUUGCAGCAAAGCGCAGCACAAAGUGCCAUUACGUCUGCCCGGACGAAUGGCCGCCGCCACCAGCAGCGCGGCCAGCGCCUCCAGCGGCCGCAAGGCAAACCAGUAGUACGUGUGUCGGCCGCACGGGCGACGUGGCGCUGCCGUCUGGCAGCCGAGGGACAGCCGGGAUGUUGGCCAGCCGCCGUGGGGUCGGCCCCCGGACCGAACCCGGUGUCUGCUCGCCACUGACGGCAGCAGAGGCGAUGGAACGAAGCGGGGACCGAUGCCGUCGGCGUGGGGAUCUGGUGUGCCGGUGUGCACACGCGCGGUAGCGCUGGGCGCGUGCAGUACGUACUACGUUAGCGCAUGCACACCUACAUAUGCACAUGUACAUAGUAUAUAUUGGGUAGGAGGCUCUGUGUGUGUGCGUGUGAGUGUAUAUGUUCAGAGCUGGCCUGGGCUGGCGCCCGGAGAAAGCGUAGCAGCACCGCAGCCGCUUCCGACUCCGAGCGAAACAGAGCCUUCACAAUCGUACAAAU